AUGGCUACAGAGGCGGAAGAGCGGGCUCUUAGAUACAGAAGAGCCCAAAGUGUGACUAGAGCUGAGGAAAUAACGGCUAAGGAAAAUAAGGCUCGAAGAUUGCAAGUUGAUAAACCGGUUCACAAACCAAGAGAUUCUUUAUUUUCGUGGAGCUCUGAGUUUACCAACUUUAGUGGUCUGGUCAACUGGGGAUUUUUAAUGCUUACUAUUGGAGGUCUACGAUUGUGUCUUGAAAAUUUUUUGAAGUAUGGAAUACUUGUUAAUCCUAUUGAGUGGAUAAUUGUAUUGACUGGUUAUAAUGAAGGUCACAGCCAGCAUUACCCUUCUGUUAUUUUACUAAUCUUCAGUGUUGUCCCAGCUGUAAUCGCUUUACUAAUUGAGAAGGCUAUUGCAUUUGAUAUUUUGAGGCAGAAAGUUGGCAUUACUUUGCAUAUUUUAAAUAUUGUCUUUGUCAUAAGUUUGCCUGUGGUGGUGCUGCAUUUCAAAAGCCAAGAUUUUAGUUUUGUGGGCACAACAACAGUUUGUAUGAUAUACUUGAUCUUAUUUUUAAAACUAUGGAGCUACUGCCACACAAAUUUUUGGUGUAAAAACAGUAUGGGAGCAAAAUCUUCAAAGAAUAAGUUAAGGCGACAGAGUCUUUCAGCACCAAAUUACAAUGAACUUACGAAUGCUGAGAAUGAGCAGACCUUAGAAGAUGAAAUGAAUCAUGAGAUGGCAGCGGCGGGGCUUGUCCGGUACCCCGAUAACUUGAACCUCAAAGACUUAUUUUACUUCUUAUUGGCACCCACACUGUGUUAUGAACUGAAUUUUCCUCGCACAACACGUAUUCGUAAGAGAUUCCUUAUUAAAAGAGUAAUAGAGCUGGUUUUCGGAGUUAAUCUCGUUUUGGCGUUAUUCCAACAAUGGAUGAUCCCGUCCGUUACGAAUGCCGUCGAUCCGUUUUCGGAAAUGAAUGUGGUUAAGAUUACGGAACGCCUGCUUAAACUUGCUGUACCCAACCAUUUAAUAUGGUUAUGUUUCUUCUAUCUAAGUUUUCAUUCGUUUUUGAACCUAAUGGGCGAACUCCUACACUUUGCGGACCGCAACUUUUACAACGACUGGUGGAAUGCGAACAACAUUGCAGUAUUUUGGAGUUCUUGGAAUAGGCCCGUACAUAUGUGGGCGGUGAGACACGUGUACAUACCUAUAACCGAAAAGGGAUAUGGCAAGUCCAAUGCUAGUAUUGUUGUGUUCUUUAUAUCUGCGUUCUUCCAUGAGUAUCUCGUAAGUGUGCCACUGCAAAUGUUUCGAAUCUGGGCGUUCCUGGGAAUGAUGGCGCAACCGCCCCUGUCGGUGAUCUCUCGCUUCGCCGAGGCAAAACUCGGGCCACGCUGGGGCAACAUCAUUGUUUGGAGCUCACUGAUCCUCGGACAGCCUCUCGCCAUUAUGAUGUAUUAUCACGAUUAUGCACUCGUACAUUUAACUGCCAAACAUUAA